CGUUUUAUAGAUGCAAAAAUAAACAGAGAAAUUGCGUCUCUCCGGCACAUGUCAAACCCACGAGGACGCUCUCCGCAUAUAGCUAAUCGCAGUUGUUGGGAUGCUGCAGGCCAGUUUCUAGAACUGAAGAGAAUCAUAACAGAGCGAGAGAUAUUUGCGCUUAUUCUUCGCCCAUACAAUGUAUGUGAGGUAUCCAAAGAGUGCGGACGGAUUUUUCAUCUUUUGCGAAUUCGAUAUGGAGCAAGAGGGUGUGUGAAGGUUUCUACCAGGCUCCCCUUUUUCGCGACAGGAAAACGAAGAAAAAGCGAUGAAAAUUUGGUGAUAAAUGUGAAAAAAAGAUUGCUGAAAUUCGAGUGGUGCAGAUUGUUACAAAGUAAUCUCCGCGAUGGGUGAAGGAUUGUUGAACGAAGCUGAGAGCUUCGAGAUGUUGAAGGCUCUAUAUGAUUUCACAGCUGUAUAUCCAAAAACUAUCAGCUUUGACGAGGGAGAAUACUUCAUCCUACAUCAAACUAGUGCUCGCCAAAGGAAUUGGUGGCAAGUAGUUAGCAUGAAGGGUAACAUUGGAUUCGUCCCGUCGAAUUAUGUCAUGAAACUAAAGGUUGAUCCCAACUUCCUAAAUGGGUUUCUUGAGUCGAGCAUUGAAUCGCUGCGUAUGUCAACCGAUAAAGAGAUCAACGGUAUCAUCAAUCGCGAUGAGCUCAUUGACCGACUGGUAGAGAAAAAAAUCAAAAUUGAAAAAAUGCUAAAGAAUGAAAGCUCUGAUAGUGAAAGUGAACCUCCCGUCAAAAUGGGCAAUGGGAGUGUCAAGCACCUUGAGGAAUAUUCCGGCAGCAGUCACACAGACUCAGCUCCAACUCACAAUAAUAAAUACAACCAUUCACCGGUUUCUUCAAAGCGCGAAAAGCUAACCAAAAAGUCCCAAUCUAGUCCUGCUGUGGGUGCAGCAAACAACGUGCCGCAAUUCAUUCAGGAGAGUCCCAGCAUGAGCGUCCUGACGUCCAAACUCAACGCAGAGGAACCGCUGACACCAACGGCUCAGGAGAACAGUGUCAUAUCGGAGGUAUCCGAAGCAGACGCUACAAAUACGGCCACCACUACAACGACGACCACCACAAGCGACGAAAUAACAGCAAUUUCCCGUGGAGAUGAAGACGCUCAAAAAACGGAGCAAAUCGCAGAACUCGAACCGCAAACGGAUCACGAAACCGAACUAGAGACUACCAACAAUGAUGACAUGACUGCUAGUGAGAAUGAGCCUCAACCAAAAGAAACCUCAGCCAAAGAAAUCGCCAGCGAUCUUGAUACGAUCGCUGAAAGUCAAAAGGAAAUACCAGUUAAUAAGAUUGAACCACCAGAUGUGUAUCAACUUGUGGACGCCAUUCGUACCAACACGAAUCUAAGUCACGAAAUGUCCUGUGUAGCUCUACGCGUUGUUCUGACCGAGAUAGAGCCUUUGCUUCCUCAUCAAAUUGUGAAACAUUUAGUGCCAAUAGCAAUCCAUCUAACAGCGCCUCUUGAUGUGCCAGAUUCUCUGUUGGCCCAAACUCAUGACGCUCGUAGACUACGAAUUAUUUUUAGUGGGCUUUCCGACUGCAAAAACGAUUCCGAACAGCGCACAUGGAUGUUGCACGAAGAUGAAGCUGACAUUAGUCGUUACUUGAAUGAAUUAAUAGACAUCCUUACCGACGCUGAUCCGAAAAUCUGCCGUAAUGAGAUGGCCGUCGAUCACUACCAAAGCGUAAUCAAUCUAGUCCUGUAUUACCAAAUGGAAACGCGUUGGUCAAUUCGCAAACUUUUGCUUAAGGCGUUCAAAGCCAUGUGCCAUCUUGAUUAUACCACUGUUGAUAUCCUAUUGGGGUCGGUGUUGCCUUUGGAGAUCGUUCAGGAUAUGAUUUCCAACUCGAAGGACGUUGAAAAGCUACAAGAACUGGCCAACAUGUUGAUUAUUGUGUUUUCCAUCGGUAGACGAAUGCCGAUCAAUCAACAAGAACACCUUCGGGCUGAUUUUGUAAUCUUCCUGUUGAACCUGAUCGAAAAUCCACCCGAAACGGACGUCCACAGUGCUCUGCCGGACAUCAUGAUCAAUCUGAUUCUAUCGUUCAACCUGCAAUUUGAGAACUUCUCCGACAAUGUUAUACUGGAAGCAAUGGAGCACGUUCAAACGGCUAAAACAUUUACGGAAAAGAUACUUGUUCUAAUUAAUAGGGAAGAGGAUCCUGUUCACACCUUGAAACACACUCCAGCACACAUUAAUCCAGUUUUGAAAAUGCUAGUGGAUCUUUUCAGUAGACCGGAAACUGCUUCCAUCUUUUACACCAACGAUCAAAAUGUUCUCAUAGAUAUUUUAGUACGUCAACUGUCGGAUCUUUCUGCGGGCGAACCGAUUCGCAAAUGGUAUCUGGAGCUGUGCCGGAAAAUCGUCCGAAACACCAGUUACGCCGAGCAUCAACAUCGAAAGCAAGAUUUGAUCAAAAUAUUUACGCGCAUUUUCUGCGAAGAAACAGAAUGCAGCGCCGGCGAUCAGCAGAUCGUGCGUGAAAUUGCCAACGAGUUCCCGCAAAUCUUCAAAGCGUGAAAGCCGACGUCUUCCAGCGGCAGCAGAGGCGCCACGCAUUCGGGACGCCGCCGGGUUGUAUACUACGACGCCCUCAGUAGCAAUAAAACCGUUCGAAUGGAAUCAAAAGCAAAACUGGUCCGCGAAAAACGGACACGGACAAAUCUACACAUCUUGGUGACGAUAUUUGUUAAAGUUUGCGUUCUACGUAUAAGCUACUGUUGAUAGGAUGUUGAAAAUUUGUUUCACAAUCGAUGGAUAUUUUGUAACCAAAGAUAAUUUUACGUUUAGAUCCUAGAUGACAUUCUCGAUACGAGUAUCUCCGAGUGCAACUAUAAAUUUGGAAGGUAUGAUAUUACAAGUGUUCAGUAAUAUGUUGACAAGGUUUGAUCGACGAAGCUUACUUAAAAUAGAUUUGUGAUAGAUAUUUUACAAAUCAUAGGAUGGAAGGAUUUACUCCUAGUGGUAAGCACUUUAACAGCUAUGUUCUUUUGGAUCAUUUCAAAUUCACGCGUAUAGAAAUUAUCAUAAUUUUAAAACCUAAGCCGUUUUUAUGGAUUAUGACAUUCGUCUCACGUAAAUAAAAUUUGAGAGUCGGCCUGCUAUAAAAGAAAGAUUGUAUAUUUUCAAUGUUUCAUUAGGGGUGCUCACUAAACAGAUUAUAUUGCUGCGUAAGCCAUGAUUUUCUGCUUAUUUGAAAUGUUUCAUGAUUUGCGAAUGAAAUAAUCAAAGAUUGCUUUGGUGAUCGCGACGUUUAAUCAGUUUAAUCAGUUUACGCUGUUAAGUGAAUCCCCCUAUUAUAUUCAACACUUCUGUAGUCUGUCAAAACGCCUGAAUAUGGACGAAGUUCUUCUAAUGAUAAUGGUUGUCGAUUGCAUAAAAUUGUUCAUCUAAACUCAGUCUUGCUAAAUGUCAUGAAUCUCACGUGACAUCGUGACAUUUACAAUCGAAUAUACCUGAUACUAUGAUCCCCACUCUUAAAUUUCACGGGCCUGUUUCGGUGACUAGUUUUGGACUACCAUAGAUUGAUGUAGCUACAUAAAUGAUUAACAUAUUAGCUAGGCUUGUCAUUUGCUUCCACAUUGUGCCUCAAAAUGCACGUUCUUAGGGGCGAUUUCUUCACCCUGACUAAGGCGUUAAGCCAGGUUUAACUGUAUGGGUAAGCCUGGCUUACCGGUUAAGCCGAGGUGAAGAAAUCGGCCCUUAUUCUCUUAAAUUUUGUGCGCUUCCACCGAUAUCGAUCAGGCGGGAGCGCAGUACAAAAAGAAAACAUGCAAAAAUGAGUAACCAAGAUUUAUAUUUUUAUUUUUUGUGUUAAUGAUUUCCGUUUGAAAAAAAAUAUCAUAAAAAUCUGACACCCUUCAACCCAAUGAACCAACUUCGAUUAUAAAAAAUAACAUCACAGACGCUGUUAUGACUUUAUUACGAAAACUAUUCCAAUUUCCUACAUGUCGAUUCAAAUGCCAUUUUUACCGAAUUUUUACUUCUCUGCAUUCUCAAUAUGUCAUUUUAUGAAACGAUAACCGUGUAAUAUUGAUAUUUUAAUUCCAAGUUUUCCUUCAUGCGUCCGGUUGAUCCCAAUCGGCUAGUAAAAUUACUAUUCUUCAUUACACGAUUUGACAAUUAUCAGGUCACAAUGACAGUUCUGCAUGAGUAAAACAAAGACGGUCUUGGUUUCAGUUGUUUUUUUUUUCGCUCAUGCGUUAUCUGUCAAAGUGGCCUAAGAUCUGUCAAAACUGUUCUUCGUACAAUGAAGAAUUACUAAAUAUUUGGGACAUAAAGAUUGCUUUAUGUCAAAAUAUUUUAUUAUUCAUAAACUAAAAGAAUUUUAUUUUUCGUGAAUUUAAACCUUGAAAAUCGAAUUUUCGCUAAGGCCUUAGUUUCUAGGAGCUAACUAAGUUAGAAAAACGAAUCAUAAAAACAUUUUAUUGAUGCUGACGAUGAUUUUCGAUGUUAGGUACACACAAUUGAGCAGUGUAUUAACAGAUUUGUCCGUGACAUCACCUAGUUUCAAUCCUUUUUUUCAGUACUUUAUUCCUUUCACACAUUUUGUGGACAUUGCGUGAACGGAAUUAGAAACCAAACAAAUGAUUUGGGUUAUCUCACGGUACAUUCAGUGAAUAAAAGGUCUUGUUUACCAAAAUUAGCAACAACAACAAAAAUCAAAUUGUGCCACUGUUCCUCACCUUUCCUAGUGUUCCUAGCAGGGGACUGUUAUGGUCUUCUUGUUUUCUUACCCCGCAUUAAAAUUAUGCUGCUGUGCUGAAAGAUAGGUUGUCAGCUUGAGCCCUACGCUUGAGCCGCUGUUAUGCUGGCUACGAAAACAUUGCAUUGGUGGGAUAGGGAUGCCAAUUCCUUGGUUCCUAGCUGUUGUGACGUGAAGAGGACAACACAUAAGCUCAAAACACUAUAUCGCACAUUAUGUUCAUCGCCACUUUGUUACAAUAUAACAUAUUAUGAUUGUUUUGCAUAUUUGUAACUUUGAAAGUUUAGCCUUUUGUUUAAAGCAUCAAUUGGAAAAGUUGUAGCAGGUAAUAUUUGAAUGGCCCCCACGUAUGAACAUAAAAAAAAAUCUUAUGGUUACCAUUUUGGAACUUAAAACAACCAGUCCUUUCAUACUGAUAUCCACUAAAAACCAUACAAAUUGUUAUUAGGUUAUUGGAGCUUUCAAAUGCCCGCUAUGAUAGUAAUGUUGAAUGAAAAUAAAUACUUUACAACCCAGCUUAUAACCUUCAAACCGUCAAAUGAAAACCACAAUUUUAACGAACUUCGGAAGCACUAAGAUGCCAAAAUUAAAACAUAAAACUUUAGAAAACGGAUACUUGUAGAAUACUAAAAAAACAGAUUUUAACACAACAAAGAAAAGACAACAAAACUAUAUCUUAACGAUGUAUUAUAAGCAGCUAGUUAUAUUUUGAUAGGUUACAGAAUGCAUUUGAAGUUUAUAACAGAGAUAUAGGAGAAAAUAAAUAUUAGAUCAAUGGCGAGAUUUUAAUGGUUUGUUUUCUACAACACUGCAAAUUGGGGCUGGCAGUUUUUGAAUAGAUUCAGUAUUGAAGGUUCGAUAGAGAAUUUGAAUAGGCAAUCUAAGCGAAAACCCAAAGGUGUGAUGUGAAGCAUUCUACACUGAGAAAACUGAUCUUAAGAAAGGCAUAAGUUUGUCUUAUGAAAUUUCGACAUAAGAAAAAGUUUUGAUAUCCAUAAGAAAUUCUUAUGAUAUCAUUUCAUAAGACAUCUUAUGAAAUAUUUUUGCGCAAUAUAAAACAAAAUCGCAACCUGGAAUCGAACCAGAGACGUCGUGAUCGGAGAACGCGUGCUUUACUCACGCGCCCAUCGACGCUUCGAAAGUUGGAACGAUUGGAGUGCAAUAAAAACUUUGGCUUUUCGGGAUCAACGUUUCAUAAGAUAUGUUAUGAUUUUCAUAAGAGCCUUCUAAUGAGAUUUUUCAUAAGACCGCUGUAAUGAAUUUCUUAAGAAAUUUUUGCCUCAGUAUACUAAAACAAGCAAAGCAUAUGUGUCAUUCACAUUCUCUGUCGAAUCUGUGAAAAUUUGAAACCAUCGAAUUACGGAGUAGUGUUUUGAAGGUUUAGAAUUAUAGGGUAUGACAAUUUUCCGACAGCUACAAAUCACAAACUGUGCAUAAGUGACCAACUGUUAUCGAUCUUAAAUUUGUGAAUCUACAUAACGAAACUGUCACUUGGACUUUGAACUGUAAAAGCAAGCUGUGUCAUGGAAUACUUUAUGGAGGGAAACAGUAUGCAAAUAUAAAUUAUAAUCAUUGUG